AUGGAGGAUGCGAUGACUUGGUUAAACAUGAUGGGAUUGACAUCGGUUGGCAAGACUUGUUUGUGGGCCUCCCUUCAAUCGUCUGGUCGCAAUCAAACGGUGCCCGCUGCGUCACCAGUUCGCUUCGCCUACUCUGAGCUGGAUGCUUCGGAUUCCGACGACGGCAGGCAUGUGCUGGGGGUCUGGCUAGCGUCAGACGGCUCACAGGCUGUCAAGACUUGCAUGCGAUCUGCUCGGGCGCAGGAAAGUCUUGGCGACACAGUGCUGCUGUUAUGUGUGGACCUGAGUGAACCCUGGCGGUUGUCUUCUGCUCUAGUAGACGGGAUCCGCACAGCAAGCGAGAGCAUUAAGGACUGCACAAACAUCGAGGAGCUAGAAUUUUCGCAACUAUUUCCUGAAUUACAGGCAAUGGAUCUUAACAUUGGAGUUCCGCUUGUGGUUGUUGGAUGCAAGUGUGACGUCAUCGACACGAUUCCUGCAGAUGACGUUUUGAUGAUGCAGUACAUACUUCGGACGUUUUGUUUAGGUUUUGGAUUAAGUUUGACUUUUACCUCGUCUAAAACCCUUUGCAACAUCUCAAGAAUCAAGAAUCUUCUAAAUUCAAUGUUGUGGAAUGUCAAAUCAGAUAUUAGCCCUCAGAGCUGUUCAAGUCUGUUUGUACGCAAUACGACUCGAGAGGCAGAAGACAAGUCAAAGGAUUUAUUUCAUGCCGAUGACAAGCAGCUUCUAGAGGAACUCAAUGACAUUUUGAGCAGGGAGACCUCCCACGGAAAACCUCCUUCAUCUAUUGCCAAAUCUUCGCACUCAAAAGAUACUCCAUCCUCUCGCGUCGCCAAGGUGCAGGAGGAAGACAAGGAAUCACCGGCCACGGAGGAUUUGCGAUCUAAAGUCUCUCAAGGACAGGUGAACGACCAGGUUCUGACCGACUAUUUCGCUUCACUGCUCCAGAAACCUCCACCAUCAACAGAUCGCAAGAAAACGUCAAAAGCUAUGAAGGAGAAUAAGGGAAUACCGCAAUAG